UUAUCUCACCAUCUCAAAAAUGAUCCAAUUUGUUAUGAUGCUUCUAAUGAAUCACAAAGUGUUCCACUCAACCUUUCAAGUCCACAGACAACUCCGAAAAAUUAUAGAUUUGUAAAUCCACCUUUUGAAAACAAUUUUUCUUCGAAUAUGAGCAAUUUACAACCAAGCAGGCAAUUUGCACCUUUCUCUUUAAAUCAAGCUAUCUCAAAUAACACUUUCUCGCCAAAUUUAUAUUUUUCGAAAGAGCCAAUUAUUUAUGAAAAUCAGAUACCUCAUACACCUCAAAAGGAAAUUGCUACCAGUAUUGUAGAGCAACAGGCAACACUUUUACCAACUCCAACUCACAGUCCAAUUCACAGUCCAAUUCACAGAACUAAGAAAAAGAAACGAGUUUUAGCUGAGGGUGCAUCAGCUAGCGAAAAAACUCUUGGUGAAGAUAUUACUCAAUUAAUUACUUUGCAAACUCACUGGGAGCUUAGUAGUUCUGAAAAUAAAGUUAAAAAUGGACUCACCAGAUUAAUGGAAAUUACAGAGAAUUCCAUUAACAAAAUUGAUGACUUCUUAAGGAAUGAUUGGACUAAGAAUCUUGAUCAUAAAAUAUUCCCAGAA